AUGUCAAGACAACUGGACAACGACAAUCCAACUAUAUUCGCUUCAAAGGUAUCCACUUCGAAUCGACGACUUCAAAAGGGCAAAGCAAGUCUAUGGGCAGAAGAAGCAUUAUCAGAUGAUGAACAAGUAGGAGGAGAAGGUUAUUAUUCAAGUGCAAGUGGGGAAGAAAGAGAAGAUAUUGAUUCAGAAGAAGUAUAUGAUCUAUUGCGAUCGAUAACAGAUCCAGAACAUCCAGUCUCAUUGGAAGCUUUACGAGUCGUCAAUCCUGAAGAUAUACAUGUGGCUGGAAAUAGAGUAUUGGUUUAUCUGACUCCUACUAUUCCUCAUUGUUCAAUGUCAACUUUGAUUGGUCUAUCUCUUCGAGUCAGGUUAUUGAGAGCACUACCACCUCGAUACAGAGUAGAUAUAAGGAUAAAAUCAGGGACUCAUCAGUCUGAACACGCAGUGAACAAGCAAUUAAAUGACAAAGAACGUGUUCAAGCUGCCUUGGAGAACAAACAUCUACUGGGUGUCGUGGAAGGUUGUUUGAGCAGUGCGGAUAAGCGUGGAGCAGCGUAA